AUGUUUGAGCGUAGGAUACCCGUUGCCGUCGUCUCGGAUCCCUACAGGACUUCUGGAGCAGGUAUGUGGUACACAUCCAAAAGCCAAGCAUGCGCCAUUUUGGUCCUGUAUAACAGGGGGACCAUCUCUUCCACGCUCGUUAAACGUGGAGCCGAUUUCGUGGUCGUUUCGAUCAACGACUUGCGUGUAGCGAGCUGCUACUCUCCUCCGAGUAGAUCUGCGGCGGAAUUCGGGUUGCUCCUCCACGAGCUACAUGACUUCAUUGCUGACUCUCGAUGUCGCACUAUUAUCGCGGGUGAUUUUAACGCUCAAUCCACCAGUUGGAGUGACCGAAUCACCAAUGAUCGCGGUGGGGCCCUGGAGGAUUGGCUCGACAUGGCCAGCUUUUGGGUGGUGAACGAUCGGGGUGUGCCGACAUUUGAGAGGCCACAGGACAGGUCCGUCAUCGACCUGUGUCUCGUGCCCAAUGAUUCCUCUCGGGAGUUCGUGAGGUGCUCGGUGGACACCAUUAAUUGUUCGUUCUCGGACUACAAUUACAUUUACUGGGAUAUCGCGAAGCCACGUUCUAGGGAGUCCUUCACAAAAUGCGCUGUCAAAGGUUGGAGCUUUGAUAAGAUUGAUAAGGAUAAGUUUAAAAGAUCCUUCUCCCUCUCCUCGGCUUUUGAUGAGGCCGGUCAGGCCGUUCUGAGUGCGGAUCAAUUGGAUCAGGACCAAUCAUCGAAGGAGGGUCUACUGGUGGAUGAGAUCGCGGCUCUUCGUUCUGUCUCCAUCAGGGCAAGGAGACUUUACACUCGAGCGAGAGGGAAGAGGAAUCCGCCUGAGGAUCUGAGCGACUUGCGCCGUUCCUUCGUUAGAAGCAUGAGGGCGGUCAAAGCUGCGAUCAAUAAGUCUCAACAGGCGGCGUGGAAUGAAUUUAUCGGUGAGAUUGACAGAGAUCCGUGGGGUCGUCCAUAUAUUAUAGUGAUGAAGCGUGUCAGAGCGC